UAGCCUUUACUCUCUCUUUAUAAAAUCAGAUGAGAUUAAUCUCUAAUAAUUCUCAUCCUCUCCACUUUCGUUUGCUUUGAGACCCUAAACUAUGUCGAAAAAGAGAGAUAAAAACACAGAGAGUACGUAUUACGAUGAUCAUCUUGCGGCUGCGGAGAAAGAGAUAAGCUCGAGAAAUUUCUGUACCUUGGUUGAUGCCGCCGUCCUGUUAUAUGAAGAAGAAGCAGAAGCAGACCGUAUAUUAAAAUCGGGGACUCUGUCUGAAAAAGAAGAAGACAUCGAGUAUGGAUUUUUCAAUGCCUUCCCAAGGAAAAGAAGGAGCCCGUCGAAGAAAUUUCUCCGGUCACCAAGCCAUGAAACCCUUAAUGAGGCUUCUACUUCUUCAUCACUUUUCGACCUUAACAAGACCCCAGAUGAUUCUGAGACAGAUGCCCCAGCGAACCCUCUUCAAUGUUUUUAUGUAUCUUCUCCUCAAUCGUCUCUCACUCCUCAUCCUCCUUCUUCAACUCUAACAGAGAAGACAAACCGCAAGAGACGUGCCCUGCAAGAAAAGCGUAUUAGUGGUGGUAAAUCCAAGAAAGUUAGGGUUCCUCCUUUUUCAUGGAAAGGUAGAGCUAGUCCGGAGUGGCUGGUAAGUUUACUGGAAGCAAUGGCAGCAACGAGAGGAGAACUUGUAACCGAAGGCCCGUGGCUCAUCUUUGAGAAGAAGCUGACCAGUACAGAUGUCGACCCAGCACAGAGCCGUCUCUUAUUGCCUUUCAACAGCCUAAUCCGUAACGACUUCUUGACUCCCGUGGAGUUGAGAAUCGUAGCAGAGCAUCAAGAUGAAAAGAACGGAGUUGGGGCGAUGCUAGUGGAUCAACACAAGAAAAAGUGGGGUUUGAUUUUGAUGAGGAGGGAGAUGAUGAAAGGAGCAGGGAAUGGAACCUUGAACUAUGCUUUGAUCUGUGGGUGGAACGAUGUCGUUCAGGGUAAUGGUUUGAAAGAAGAUGACGACGUCAGUGUUUGGUAUUUCAGGUGGCGCGAACGUCUCUGCUUUGCCCUUGUUCUUCCUCCUCCUCCUGACAUGGCACAGAGUAGCUCAUCUCUUGAUCUCUCUGUCUGA